AUGGGAAGCUCAUUGCGCCUCUUAGCUGAUCAUGUAGCAUGUGAUGAGAACCAGGAACAAGGUUUUUGGCGCUGGGUACGACGCAAGCGGGGGCGGUUGCCCGGUGUGGAUGAGGACGGUAGUGUGACUACGAUGGGGACACCUGAGAAAGAGGAUGAAAAGGCAGAGGACCCCGAUGCUCAAAGUUUGGUUCGGAUGCAGGUGCUAGGAACUGACGGGGCUGCGUCCGUGUCGCUAGGCCGUUCUGUUUUGUGUGGUCCUUCUGUAGAGGACACGUAUGGUUACCACUAUCACGUGUAUCCUUCCGCUUCUCCAGGUGAUGCGCAUGGCACGGCGUUGUGUUGGUCCUUGCGGAAGUCGUCGUUAAACACCCACGCCUUGAUGUGCCUUGGGCGUGUGGCAAACAGCUGCCACAAGGACAUGGUGUUGUUUGAUGGUGAUAUUGGCAUCAUGCUGUCGUACACAACGACACCGUAA